AUGUCACAUCCCAAGCCAAAUCUAAUAUUCCGAAAAGCGAAACUCGCCGGAAAAACGGUCGAAAAAUACGCGGCGAAAAAGAUUACAGUACCCCAAAUUCGUGGCGAGACCCUUUUCGGGUUUCAUCCGAUUCUAGAAGCAAUUCGAGCUGAAAAACGCGAAAUUUUCAGAUGUUUUUUGAAAAAAUCGAUAAUUUCGCGCGCUGAAAAUGAUUGGAAAAUUGCCGAGAUUUUGAGGAAUUUGGAAAAUCGAAAAAUUCAACAAAAUCUCGUUUCGGAUGAUCAAUUGGAUCGAUUGACUGAAUUUCAGUUGCAUAAUGUGGGUUUUAGGAGACGUGAGGGAAAUUUGGGGCGAAAAAUUGAUACUGUAGAUUUUUGGCGCGAAAAUUUGGAGCAUUUUGACACCAGAUAUGAGCUACUUUUGAGAAAAAUUUGAAUUUUAAAAUUUUCGCGCCAGAAAUUCAAAUUUGAGUUUCACAAAAAUCCAAGCAUGUCAUGUUUGGUGUCAAAAUGCUCCAAAUUUUCGCGCCAAAAUAUCCACGUGUCAAAAAAAUUCAAAUUUUUCCAGGGAAUUUGCCUAGAUGUCUCGCGCCUCGAAUUCACCGCCUACGAAUCCAAAAAAUUAUCGAUUUUUAUUGAUAAUGUGUUGGAUCCGGGAAAUAUUGGAGCGAUUUCGAGAAGUGCUUGGUAUUUUGGAGCCGAUGGUAUCAGUUAUGCUAACCGGAGGGGGUACGGUAGGGUCCAAAAAUGAUUACUGUAGCUUUUGUGGCACGAAAAUUUGGAGCAUUUUGAUAUCACAUAAGUAUAAGCUCUUUUUUGAGGAAAAUUUGAAUUUCGCGCCGAAAUGAAAAAUACACGUGGCAGAGGAAACGCUAGUCCCUCUUAAAUAUUUCGAAAAUUAAUGAAUGUUGGUGUGUGCGCGCGCGGUCGCGAUGCGGUCGAAAUAAAAUCAAUUUUUUUCAUUUUUUCCUCGAAAAUGCUGUUUUUUCACAAAAAACUGCCAUUUUUUGGGUAAUUAAAUUGAAGUUAUUCAUUUUCACAACAGCGAAACUUUGAAAAUGAAUAACUUCAAUUUAGUUACCCAAAAAAUGACCGUUCUUUGUGAAAAAACAGCAUUUUCGAGGAAAAAUUUGAAAAAAUUGAUUUUAUUUCGACCGCAUCGCGACCGCGCGCGCACACACCGACAUUCAUUGAUUUUCGAAAGAUUUAAGAGGGACUAGCUUUUCCUCUGCCACAUUUUUCAAUUCAACAAUAUCAAGUUUAGUGUGAAAAUAAGCCAAUUUCCUAAAGUGAAAAAAAUCCACGUGGCAAAAAUAAGUACCUUUUUGCAGCCCAAAAUGCAUCACUCCCUCAAUGAGCAAAUCAUCGUGCGGAGCUCUCGAACAUCUUCCCAUCGAAAAACUCGCGACAUUCGACGCGUUUCGCCACAAAAUCAAAUCGCAAGGCGGCGAAAUUGUCGCGACUUGCGAUCCGCGAGCCGCUGGAAAUUUGGGAAUCGCGACAAAAUCGCUGGAAAAUUGGCGACCCGCGUCGCAAAACAUUGGAUUGGUUUUGGGCGAUGAGGGAAGGGGAAUUGGGGCGAAAGUGCUGGAGAUGUGCGACACGGUUGUCGCGAUUCGCGGUGCGAGAAAUGACGCGACGAAUGUGACGUCACUUAAUGUUUCGGUUGUUGCGGGUGAGCGAAAAUCCACGUGGCAGCGAAAAAAUCCCCUGUUUUUCAGCACUUCUACUUCAUCACAUCUCAACACAUCAACGAAAUCAGGACAAUUUUUGA